AUGGGACAGAAGCAGAGCCGGCAAAAGCCCGCCUCUGGCUCAGAGGGCGCAGCCCCACCCACCGGACGUGCACGGGCUCCCACCGUCACCAAGAGCAUUGUCUUUGAUACCAAUGAGCAGGCCGAUCCAGUGUCCAGCGAUCAUGUCUACGAGUACUCCCCUGUUCGGCCCACCAUCAAGUCGGGGCCGAUCUCGUCCGCCUCCCCUUAUACCCCGACGACGGGCGGUGGCAUCUCGCGUGGGCGUGCUGGAUCCAAGUACACCCAUGUCUUGCCAGGAGAUUACUCCGAGCUCGAAUCGGACACUCCCAAGCUCCAGGUUCAGGGCAUGUCUCGUCUCUCUACCACCGAGUGGCGGACCAUCCGUCGCCGCGCCCGUCGCCCGUCCAAGGAGGUGAGCGGUGAUGUGGCCCAGCUGCUCGACAGCGCUGCGCGCGAGAGCCCCUGGUACCUGCUGGCCUUUGACCGCGACUCCAUUCUAGCCUUGAUGGAGACCAAGGCCCAGCUUUUGGGACCGGGCGCUUUUGCCCUUUUGACCUCAGGUCAAGACUUUGCGACGCUGUGUUAUCUGGACACUCAGCUGCGCCCCGUCAAUGUACCUGUGGUCAACCGCGCCGGCUUGCUAGCGCUGAGCAUUACCAACGUCAAGGGGGAGACGCCCACGUUUGCUAGCCUUUCAUCCUUGGUGGCUGCCUACGCACGCCGAAAAGAUAAACAGCUGGGUGUGGCCCUCAACCCAGCAGCCCUGCUCCGUGACGAAGUGCUCACGGCCCUCGCGCAACCCAAGUCUCACGCAGUGCAAGAAGACAUUUAUGAUAAUCAAGCCAACCCAUUAGCACCAACGGGGCGGGCCAUCAACGCAGCCGGCCCAGCCUACGAUCUAGGCCGAGCACCUGCAACGCCUGUUUACGAUGUGGGGACAGCUGACCGAACCGACAAUGCAGCCACCAACUACGACCUCGCUCGUGCUGGCGAUCAUGCCCCAGGUGUGGCUGCCUAUGACAUGGCCAGGCACCCAACCUCCACACCAGCCAAGAUUACGUACGAGAUACCCGUUGAGCUCUCUAUGAGCCAAUACGAGACGGUAACAGCUGAGGAGGAAGCAGAACAAGAGGAUCUCGACGGCCUGGCUGAGGCCAAGGCAGGCCCGGGUGACGAGGGAUUCAUCUCCAUUUCGUCCCAGAGUUUUGGCGAGGAAGGGCCCAUACGAGGCGUGAGCUUUCAACCUUGUCAAACGGAUCAGUGGUUUUUUGUGGGCCUUUCAAAUGUGCAACGCAAUUUUCAUGGAAAGCGAGACCAGCACUAUGACGACAUUGACUUUUGUCUCUUCUUCAUGGGCUCUGGUCGCGUAACGGCGCGCGAGGCCGAAGAUGAAGUGGGGCCGUACGUCAAUUAUCAGCCCAGUGAUGUGCUGGGUAUUGUGACACGAUAUGACAAGCGAGCCCGCGCCUUCAAGGUCGUUUACACACACAACAACACGGUGUUUUAUGAGUCAACACGUCACGUCGUGUUUCCGCUCCACGUGGAUCAAGCCUUCCCGCCAGAGUCUCUGAACAAUCGGCUCGUGACCAACGUUAAAUUUAUCUCUUCGAGUUGA